AUGUGUCAACCUUCCGUGAGCGAAUCUAAAGUUUAAAACCACCUUUAGACGCCAGAAGUGGUAGGCUGGUGGUCAAUUUAAGGUCAUCGGCUGAUGAUCAAAGCAACGCAUUUCGCCCUUCUCGUUUUGGCUCCUGUGGACGCUUUGAUCCGGGAGCUGUACACUACAAAUGCGGCUUGCAGGCAACAGUACUGCGUGAACCCAGUCUAUCCAGGACUUCAAGACCUGCCGAGCCUCGAGAAGAAGAGGUGGGCCAAGAUCAGCUUGCCAAAGAUCGCCAAGACAAUCGACUUCUGUAAUGGCACGAUCAAUUACAAUGUGGCCUUGCCCAUGAACAGCACGGAAGACGUCAAUGUCUCCAUGCUGCAGGAGCUGGUGCGGAAGCAAGAUCAGCGAGCAGCCCAGACGUAUUUCCUUCACAUGUCCGCCAUGGGACUGGAACCCUGGGAUCACGUGAAACCCUUCGAGGAUUCGUCCAGCCAGAUGCGAUCCUGCGCCCGUGCAGUAGCGAGGAUGGCCUGUUUCACCUAUCUUCCGGACGCCAUCCACAACGUCCAAGACGGUGCGGAAGUAAGGUAUCAUCGUCCCUGUGAUACCGGCUGUGAAAACUUCCUCCAGACUUGUGGCGUGGAGUGCUGUGACGAAAGCACCGUGUGUGUGUGGUCUGCACCUGUCACAGCGACCCUUCCGGAGUUUCAGGUGGCCAAUUCCAAUGGUCUCGUGGGGGAUGGCGAUUGCUGUCCAAAGCCGG